UCCCAUCAUUCAUCAUCCAUCCAUCCAUCCCACUUGGAGCUAAGUCGCCUUCUCGAUCGACAUCUCCUGCUCCAUUUCUGAUACCCCCCUCGUUCUUUUCGUGUCUGCACCGCUGGUUGUUCGUUGCCAGUCUUAAAGAGAAUUUCGUGUGGUUUGACCCUGGUGAGGUCAUUAUCAUACCAACAAGAUGUCCGAAUCUCGUCUGUAUUCCUUCUCGCCGGAGACGAAAGAAAAGCUCCGCAAGUUUCGCUUGGGGACCUCGCGCGCCAAAGACCCGCAGGCUGUUAUCUAUAUAAUCGACAACAAGAGCCAGGAAAUCCGCCCCGAGGAUGGUGAAGUCUACACGAAGAUGGAAGAUCUCGCCGACGAGCUUCCCGAGACGUCGCCUCGAUUCAUCCUUCUCAGUUACCCGUUGACUUUGCCGUCCGGCCGUCUCACCGUCCCCUAUGUGAUGCUCUACUACCUCCCCGAGAACUGCAACCCCUCGCUGCGGAUGAUGUAUGCGGGUGCCGUCGAGUUGAUGCGCAACACCGCCGAGGUGAACCGUGUGAUUGAGGUGGAGAGUGAGGAGGAUAUCGUGGGGAUCGAGGCCAGAUUGCAGAGUCAGAACUGAGUUGGCGGUCCGGGGGUGCAGGAUGAGGUGUUGGUAUAUAUCAUCUUUCGGGCUCGGGCCUCCU